AUGAACCCAGGCCCGGAAGGGGCCAAUCCCUCGAGCGGGGUCGUCGCAGCGGCCCCAGCCCCUCAUGCCCCACCUGCCCCCGGAAACUGGGGAUACAACGGCUACUACAUCCCUCAACCACACGGCGGGCCCCAACAGCCCAUUCAUCCUAACGGCGGCGGUUUCCAACCCGGCUUCAACCCUUUCAACAACUUUGGUGGCUACCAGAGCCACUUCUACCCUCCGUUUGGCCAGAUGCCUGUCCCCGGUCCCGGUCCUGGCACCAUGCAGAACGGCUACUUUAUGAACAACGGCUUCCAGGGCUACGGUGGCGAGGGCCCAAAUGGCGACGUCGGAGACAACUUCUACCCCAACAUGAACCCAUAUCACCAGCAAUACAAUGCGCCCGCAGACCAUCCUUACAGCCGCGGCGGCGGUGUAGGGUACCAGCACCCCAUGCAGUAUGGCGGCUUCCGCCCAGACGGCUUCAUUCCCGCCCACCAACCCCACCCACACAUGCCCAUACCAUCAAAGGGCCUCAACCCCGCAGCUCAAGGCUUCCAAUACCAGCCCCGCAAACCUGAGCCGGUUGCGAAUGGCAGCAUCAUGAACGGCGAUGCACCUUCAGUAUCAUCAGCAACGCACGAGAUUAUCGCACCUGUGCCAGAAAAACUUGGAGCAGGAGGGUCGCUAGGACUCUCGCUUGAGCCGGCGGCAGACCCAGAACCUUCACUCGUUGAGGUGACGGAGACUGCACCGGAGCCGGUCGACGAGCCAAAGGAGGUGGCACCGCCCGCUCCGGAAAGCAAGGCGAGUGCGCAGGCGAACACUGCCCCGUCUGAGGCACCCGAGUCCGUCGCUGUUGGCCAGACCGAUGUCGCAGAGCCAAAACCUGUCGAUAAGAAGGAGGGCAGCGUGCCCGAGAAGACGGCUACGCACGCGGCCGAGCAGAAGGAGGACGGGCCCAAGGGCUUGACCUUCACCGGUGCUUCUCUCGCUGGCGUCACGUCACCCAAGGCUGCUCCUUCCAGGCGGCAGCGCAGGUAUACCCACGACCCUAUCCGCAUUCGUCCGUCGCGCCCCUCGCUGGAGGACCACGGCAACUCGUACAACUACCGUCUUGCCAAGGGCAUUCCUCAGAACGUCGCUGUCGAGCGCGUCGACGGUGUGUGCCGCAGGAGGUCGUGCGUGAGCCGCAGCAAGCCGUUCGGUAAGGCUCUGCUGGCGUUCGGCAUCAAGGGCGGCCGUCCUCUUCCUCACGUCUCGAUUGUGUUCGGCGAGGUCACCAGCGCGCCUCCUACCCCAGUCGUAACAUCCCCUGUCCCUACCCCAACAUCCCCUGUCCCUACCCCAGCAUCCCCUGUCCCUACCCCCGCACCUCGUGCCGCCACUCCAGCCAAAGUCAAGCCGAGCAGCUGGGCCUCGCUGCUACGUGCGCCGGGCACUGGUUCCACUCCAGUCGGCUCCGCUGGUCCCUCGUCCACUCUAGUUUCUCCGUCCAAGACCAACGUGUCGCUCCCGUCCGAGGCUCCCGAGACCCCCCGCUCCACUGCUGCUCCCUCUCUUCCCCCAUCCACUGGCCCAGCACCCGCGAAACCCCGUCCGGCGUUCAACUACGCGGCUGCGGCGGCCGUCGGUGCACCUCUUUCCCCUGCCGAGGACUUCGCUCGCCUGCUCACCGAGGGCCUGCGUGCGCGUCCCGUCCGCCCAGCCCAGCCCAUCAUUCCGCGUGGCCUGAUUAACACCGGCAACAUGUGCUUUGCCAACACUAUCUUCCAGGUUCUCCGCUACUGUCCGCCAUUUACGGACCUGUUCGAGGAGCUCGGCAAGCGCCUCAAGGCCGACCUCGCACGCCGCACGCCUCUUCUCGAGGCCAUGAUCAUCUUCCUCCGCGAGUUUGUGCCAGGCCCGUCGACCAACGGUUCGUCGGGCGCCUCGACGCCCAAGGGCAAGAGCCGCGACGACGCUUUCAUUCCCGAGAACCUCUACGAUGCGAUGAAGGAGAACAAGCGCUUCGACUCGAUGCGCCGCGGGUACCAGGAGGACGCCGAGGAGUACCUUGGCUUCUUCCUCAACACGCUGCACGAGGAGCUGCUCGGCUUGUACUUGCGCACCAAGCCGCCUACAUCGGUGUCCAAGGUCGCGCAGGCCAACGGCCAUGCGGAGCGCACCAUUGGGCGACCAGUAUCUCCUGGUGCUGGUGACGACGGCGACGACUGGCUCGAGGUAGGCAAGAAGCAGAAGACGCACGUCGUCCGCGCUGCUGAGGCCCACGAGUCAGCCAUCACUCGCAUAUUUGGCGGCACGCUCCGCUCCGUCCUCCACGCCCCUGGUCAGAAGGACAGCGUCACUCUCGAACCAUACCAGCCACUGCAGCUCGACGUGCAGGCGGCCCAGAUUCAGACGCUCGUCGACGCGCUCAAGCACCUGAACGACCCCGAGACUGUGCCUGGCGUGUGGGUAGCGGCGCGCAACGCUCAUGUCGACGCGACCAAGCAGGUCUUCUUCGAGGCGCUGCCGCCAGUUCUUAUCCUGCACCUCAAGCGCUUCGUGUACGACCCACAAGAACAGAACGUCGUCAAGCGCGCCAAGCCCGUCGCGUACGGCACCGAGCUUGUCAUCCCACAGGAUAUUGUCUCGCCACCAAAACGUACGGCCCAGGCGAUCAAGUACCGCCUCUUCGGUGUCGUGUAUCACCACGGCCACAGCGCCACCGGCGGGCACUACACGGUCGCUGUGAGCCGACCUGAUGGCACCGGCUGGCUCCACUUUGACGACGAGGCCGUGCAGCCCGUCCCGACCGACGACGUCGUCGUGUCGGAGGACGAGGCGCGCAACGGCCGCGCCGGUCUCAUCGGUGGGCGCGAGCGCUGUGCCUACCUCCUAUUCUACCAGCGCGUGCGCUAG